UAAUGAAUUUGUUUUACCUGAGAAAAUUAAUUCACAUCAAAGUAUUCAAGGAGACUGAAAAGGAUAUAACAAUGAAAAUUAUCGUGUGUUUUCUGUUGAUAACGCUUAGUCAAGGGGUUCCAUACGAACCGCAUGCUAUAGCAUCUAUAAGGUGUCGUUUUGGUAAAUAUUAUAAGGACGUGGGAAAUCAGCCCAACUGUAACCUCCUGGGCGUGUCCUGUCCAGAACCAGACUUCUAUUGUCACGGGGAUACCACAGAGCAAAAUGGAUUCUGUUGUAAGAAGGAUAAUCCAUGUAGAACAGGAAGUCCAUUUCACGUGGGAGGCGACGCUCCUUCCUGUCUUGGAGGAGAGUUCCGGUGUCCAGCUGGUUACGCCUGUGUAGGGACUGCCUAUACCUCGUCAGUGUGUUGUCGAGUAUCAGAUUUUCCAUUAAGUAUUCCAUCAGAGCCCGUCAUCCUGGAAUGCGUUGCAGACGGCAGGACAUAUCGGCCCGGGCAGGUGUUUACAAAUAUCCAUGGAGAUCGCUGUACUUCCUCUCCAUUCUGUACUUACGUACCUUUGGGCACACGAUACACACCAGGGCAGAGAUUUGUAGCUGAAGACGGAUGUAAUGAAUGCUGGUGUGAGGUCAAUGGAAGAAUCAGAUGUACCUCUGACAUUCCUUGUCACGGUCCAGAUAGUCACGGACAUGGCUCUCAUCCACCCGGACAACUUUAUUGCAAUUACGGGGACAGCCAUUACGGUCCCAGACAAUCUUUCACGUCACCAGAUGGUUGCCAGCAGUGCACCUGUGGGACAGAUGGGAAUCCUAUAUGUAGCCCCCGCCCAUGUAUCCGCGUUCCUGGAAAUAUCCCACGUGUUCCAAAAAUACCACGUGUUCCCAAUCUUCCGAGUCUUCCAGAUCAUGGUCAUGGGCAUGGGCAUGGACACAGCCAUAAGUAAUGAAAUAAAUAUAACAAAAUAAGCUUAAAUUCAAUUCCUAUAAUUUAUAAAACUGAUGUCUUCUGAGAUAUUUAUUAAAGAAUAUUAAUUGUGAA